AUGGAUAUAUUGUCUUCUUCUGAAGGAUUGGCUCUUACAUCAUCUUGGGCCCCGCAAAAUUUUCAAGAUUAUCUAUGGGGUCCCCCUUCACCAAAUUUGUCUCCUAUUUUAAAUGUACGGGUCAGGAGAGGACACAAUAUGUCUGCAACUGCUGAUUUAGAAAUAAGCAUUGGCAUUCAGCAUGUCAACUGCAUGUUACCAUCUGAAUAUCUUUCCAUUAUCAUUGGUUACUUCUCAUUAUCUGAUUGGAAUGGUGCCUCUGGUGAUCAAUGUUCAUCUGAAGAGCAGAGUGAUAUAGAUGUUAAAAGUGAAAUGAAAAUUACAUAUAAAUUUGAAAUCUUGGACUCUAAUCUUAUGUUUCCAGUGGAAAGUAAUCGACAUCAGUUUAUAAAGAUUGAAAUGUCAUAG